UGGUCCCGCCCACCGAGCGGAUCAAGUUUGAAUGAACAGCAGCAGUCUGCUCUGGAGGUGCUAGUUGCAUUUGCAGGAAUUCUUCCCAGUGUGUAUCAGAACACGGGUUCGCGGAUCCAGGAUGGACAUGAAGAAAAGAAUUCACCUAGAGUUGCGGAAUCGCACUCCGUCAGAUGUCAAAGAACUUGUGCUAGACAACUGUCGCUCAAAUGAAGGCAAGAUCGAGGGUCUAACAGAUGAGUUUGAGGAGCUGGAGUUUCUAAGCACAAUCAAUGUCGGACUGACGACAGUCGCCCACUUGCCGAAGUUAAAGAAACUCAAAAAGCUUGAACUCAGCGAUAACAGGAUCUCAGGAGGGUUGGAAGUCCUGGCAGAGAAAUGCCCCAACCUCACACAUCUCAACCUCAGUGGCAACAAGAUUAAAGACCUCAGCACAAUAGAACCAUUGAAAGAACUGGGGACCCUGAAAAGUUUAGAUUUGUUUAACUGCGAAGUGACAAACCUGAAUGAAUACAGAGACAAUGUGUUCAAGCUACUACCCCAGCUCACAUACCUGGAUGGAUACGACAAAGAUGACAAAGAAGCACCGGAUUCUGAUGCCGAGGUCUACGCAGAGUGUCUGGAUGAUGACGAGGAAGAUGAAGACGAUGUAGACGAGGAGGAGUAUGAUGAAGAUGCAGCACCAGGAGAUGAAGAGGAGGAGGAGGGAGAGGAAGAUGAGGAGGAGAAUGAAGAAGAGGAAGAGGAGGAUCUCAGUGGAGAGGAGGAAGAGGAGGAAGAUCUGAAUGACAGAGAGGUUGAUGAUGAGGAUGAUGAAGAAGAAGAACGAGGUCAGAAGAGAAAACGGGAACUGGACGAAGAAGGCGAGGAGGAUGACGACGAUUGAGAUUCCUCACCACGUUAAAAGUUGUGAACUGUUUUGAACUCGUAUUUCCCAGUCACUUCCCAGCAGCCCCAGUGUAUCCCCCAGUUUUCAUAUUACAGUAGGAGUGGUUUUUGUUAUUGGCCAGUCAGGUAGACGGGGUUGUCUGGAGAAAAUCUGUAUCUUUGAUGCUCCCGUGUUCCAGUCUUUACGGUCCACUUUUAAACACGACGUGGACACCAAUUUUUGUAAUCUCAAAUAAUAGCAAAGAUGAACCUUUUUAAGAAACAUUUUUGUUUUCUCACCAUUUAUGUAAGACCAGUUUCUGAUGAUUAUGUAUUUUAAGGCUCCCCUUGAAAAGAAAAAAAACCCAAGAAAACCUAAAAAAAAAAAAAAAAAAAAAAGAGUGCAUGUCUAAUACAUUUUAAAGUCAACUACUGGAUUUCAUGUAUGGCUGUCCUCUCCUUGUCUUAAACUUAUUUUUGCAUUGUACUUUUUUAAUGUAAGUUAUGUGUGUAGUGUCACCAGUAUGCCAAUACUCUCUGCUGACCUGGUGUGAAACUUCUCUCUGAACCCUCACAGGGCAUAUUUUUAAAUCAUAGCUAAAUAAUGUCUGCCCUUAUCAAAGCUUCUCCUCCUCCUUAAAUCCUCAGCUUUGAUAGUUCGGAAAUUACGUGUUCUUGUAAAUAAUGACCAAAUCUAUUUUUUUGUAUUCUCUUUGAUGAUGGCAGACAUUAAACAAGACAACUGAGGUGAAACUAUGAAUUGUAAUAUGAUAUUAAAUAUGUAUGCUGCUUUAUCUACAAUACGCAGUGUGAAAUUUCUUGAAUUUGAGCAUAACUUUGUACGCAUCAUCUUUCCAUGAUGACAAAUGUUCAACGUCAGAAUCCAUUAUUGCUUUUUCCAUGUCAUUUUGUUUUCUUCUGCUGUGACACACGAGGUGGGAACAUCUGAAUUUGUGCUGGUAGUGUAGAGAAAUAUGUGAUGAAAACGGAGGUUACAACCACAACUAUGUGCAUUGAAAAUUUAUUGUUUCAAAGUGUAAAUCUCUGGAAGGCGGUCAGUUAUUUUCUGGACUUUGUUUUCACCAUUAAACGUGAUGGUCAAAUUGGCCUACCUCAGUCACUUUUCACUGUCAUCAGCCAAAUUCCGUUUUCUUUUCCCUCCCAUUCACUUCAAUAAAUCCCUUUUCUAUAUGU